UUACACCUCAUUUAUAAAAUUUGACCCAAAUUUGGAAAAUGCCAGUAAAACAGUAAUCUACACUAUGGUUCAAAAAAUGAUUGCGCACAUCACUAGUCAUAGAAGCCACCGCCAUUUUGAUCCAAUGUUGUUUCCGCCAUUGCAAAUGCAAAAGUGCGGUUUAUUAUUUAAUAACGCGAAAUUCGUGUAAUAUGGUGUUUAGUUUAGUUUAGGAUCAAUAAUUUAUAAAGAUGGAAGAGGAGUAUAAUAUGGACACACAGGACUCGGGCGCGAGUGACACUAAUAGAAACGAUGGAAAUGAUAGUGAUACUGUGAAAAGUGAUUAUGAGUUUGGUUAUGAUGAAUCUUACGAAGAUGAAGAUGGGGGAUUUCGUGGAGGUCCUCGUGGCCGCGGCAAUUUCAGAGGCCGUGGUGGGCGCGGCAUGCCACCACCGGGCUGGAUGAAUGGACCGCCUCCCAUGCGCUUUAGAGGUAGGGGUUAUGGCCCUGGUGGACCUCCAAUGAGAGGCCGUGGAUUUUUCCGUGGUCGUGGUGGUCCCAGAUUUGGUCCUAAUGGAGGGCCUAAUUUUGAUAAUAACUGGGGGCCUAUGGGACCACCACCACCUGGUAUGAUGGGACCACCUCCAUUUGGCCCACCCCCACCUGGAAUGAUGCCACCAGGUGGGCCAAUGGGGCCUCCACCGAAUAUGAUGGGACAACCACCUCCUUUUGGACCUCCAGGAAUGCCACCACCAAAUAUGCCUCCACCAGAAAUAUGGGUAGAAACUAAGUCCGAUGAGGGCAAAUCAUAUUACUAUCACCAACGCACUAGAGAAACAACUUGGACUAGGCCACAAGAGAGUCCAACUUGCAAGGUCAUAACACAGGCUGAAAUGGAAGCUAUGGUCUCAGCAGGCCAAAUGCCAGGCAUGAACCCACAAACUAUGGGCAUGAAUAACCCAAUGGGAGGACCAAUGGGUGGUCCACCCAUGGGAAUGAUGCCAAAUGGCAUGAUGGGAGGCAUGAUGCCCCCUGGAAUGGGGCCACAAGGAGGUGGUUCCACACCCAAUUCUGCCCCACCCUAUAUGACACAUCCACCACCAUGGGCAAAAGAUGGUAACAACCAAAUGAAAAUGGAUCAAUCUGACCAGCCAACAAUGGAUAUGGAUGAACUACCACCUGGUGAAUCCCUUCAAACUAACCAGAUGCCCAAUGCCAUAGCUCCAGUGACCACCUCCUCCAGUGGGCCUCCAAUGGGAGCGAAUAUGGGUUCGGGACCUCCCAUGGGAUCAGGCCCGCCCAUGGGCGGACCCAAUAUGGGUCCUCCACCUAAUAUGGGAGGGCCUGGUGGUGGGACUUGGAACCCUUGGGGAUGGGGUCCACCACCAAUGGUGGCACAACCAGGCUUCCCGGGUCCCGAUAAUAAUGGACAAGCCCCAAUGGGAUCUAACCAAAUGAGUAAUUCAAUGUCUGGUGAUAAUGAAUCACCAAUAAUGCUGGAUGGAUCCACUCCACCUCCUAAGAAAGACACCACUAUGAUACCUCCGGAAUUGGAAGCAGCGGCCGCGGAAUGGACGUCCCACGUGGCUCCAGAUGGCCGAAUGUAUUACCACCACGCCGGCAGAGCCCAUAGUGUUUGGAUCAAGCCGGAGCCCUUGCAGAGGCUAGACGAAUUAAAGGCGAAAAUUGCAGUCGAAAAAGGGGAAAGAAUGGAUAACAAAAAUGAACCAAUCAUUUUGGAUGGUGUUAUAGAUGUCGACGAACACGCGGAUGCGGUGGCAGCGGCUGAAGCGACCGCGGUAGAGGAGAAGGAGAGAACAGAACGUGAGCGGAUAGACCGGGAGAAGGCGGAGAGGGAGAGGGAAGAGAAAGAGAAGGCGGAAAAGGAGAAGGCGGAGAAGGAAAAGGCGAAACCGGACAAGACUAGGCCGGUUACGAGCACGCCGAUCACGGGGACUCCGUGGUGCGUUGUAUGGACUGGCGAUGGUCGCGUUUUCUUCUACAAUCCAACGGCCCGUCUCUCAGUAUGGGAACGCCCAGCUCAACUGCUUGGGAGGAAGGAUGUUGAUGCUGCAGUAGCCCAACCUCCGCAUCUUGUACAACAGCAACAGCAACAACAGAAGAAGGAAACGACUCCCUCGAAAGGUUCUAACGGCGAUCUCAAACGUGGAAUCGACUCGGACAGCGACUCUGCGGAGAGCGACGGCGCGAAACGGGCAAAGCAAGUCGAGGUGGUGGGUGUGACGACGAAAAAGGCCAUCGACGCAAACGCGGACGCAGCGGUGGAGGCGGAGAUGAUUGCGGCCAGGAAGCGGGUGGUGGUGCCGUUCGAGCAGCGAGUGACCGCCUUCCUGCAGCUGCUGCGGGAAUCGGACGUGUCCGCCUUCAGCCCCUGGGAGAAGGAGCUGCACAAGAUCGUCUUCGACGACCGCUACCUCCUGCUCGAGUCUAAGGAGAGGCGACAGGUGUUCAACAAGUACGUGCGCGACAGAGCUGAAGAAGAGAGAAAAGAGAAACGCAACAAACUACUGCUGAAGAAGCAGUCUUUCAAACUACUCAUGGAAGAGGCCAAACUACACUCAAAGUCAUCAUUCACCGAGUUCUCAACGAAGUACUGUCGGGAUGAACGAUUCCGCGGUAUCGAGAAACUGCGCGAGCGUGAGACCUACUUCAACGAGCACAUUGCGGAACUGCGCAAGAAAGAGAAGGAAGAGAAAGAGAAACGCAGGGAACAGGCCAAACAAGAUUUCAUACAGCUCCUCAAAGACAAAAAUGUGGACCGACACGCCCGUUGGGUCGAGGUGAAGAAGAAAAUCGAUAUCGACGUCCGGUAUAAAGCGGUUGAGAGUAGCUCCUUGAGAGAGGAUCACUUUAGGGAGUACUGCAAGAUGAUUAAGGACGAGAGGAAAAAGGAUGGAAAGGAGAAAGAACGCGAACGCGGCAGCCGAAAGGACAAGAAGGACAAAGAUCGCGACAAGGAGAAAGAGAAGGAAAAGGACAAGGACUCAAAGAAAGAGAAAAAGAAGGAUAAGGGAGAGAAAUCCGACCCACCGACCGAAGACGAAAAGAAACAGCCCACACCACCUCCCGACCAAUGGGCGGAAAUUCUCGGCAUCCCCGGCGAGGAUGACUCCAAAUCUGACCCGUCGUCCAAGUCUUACAAACCGUCGGAGAACAGCGAAACCUCCUCCGACAACGUCUCGCCGAAAGUGCUCAGGUCCUCGAAAAAGACACCGGACACCGCACAAAAGUCCCCCACGAAAAUCCUUUCGCCACCGAAAAAGAGAAGACCGGACUUCAAGUCGCCGGAACCGGAGAAGGGGAAGAAGAAAGAGAAGACUGAUAAGAGGAAACGGAAGUCGGAGAAGGAAUAGUGUUUGCUCAAUGUGUUCAAACGCUCGUUUGAAAAGCGCUGACGCGAUGGACGUUAAAACUCACGAACGCAUGAGAGCGAAUAAGUGAAGUGAUUUUAUAGUUAUUGUGACAUUUCUAUUCGUCGAAAUUGUGUGAAGGUUUUCGUAAGAAUUGUCUCGGCCACAUAUAAAAUUAUAUGUAAUUAUGCAUGCCAUUGAUAUGCGUGGUUUGUGGAUUUUAUAAUUUAGGCGUUAUUGCAAUUGGCAAUAAAAGGUUUCCGUACGGGAUCACAAUUGUUUGGUCCUUCGAAUUCUGUUCCCAAUAAACGUUACAACUUAAUAAUUUUAUCUGAAUUGUUAUAUUUUUUCCUCGUGCUUACAGUUAUUUACCCUUAUGUUGUAUUCUUUAUAUUUACGUCAUGGUCGCAAUAAAAUUAAAAAAGAAAUCGAGAUACUUAAUCCGUGGAACAUACUGACUUUAUACCUUGUGCACUUGGCCUAAAGUCGCAAUAAUAGUAAUGAUCAAGGAUCAAAAUCCUUUGAUGACUUUGAUUGACAAUUCAAAGAAAUGACAGUUUACAGUGACAGUGACAGUUAAUUGGACAAUACAUGUGUACAAUUGUAAAUAUAACAACAUUAGCGUUCGACCAAAAUGUCUUUUUGUAUAUAAAUAUAGAUUAUAAGUACUCUUAUGUAGAAGUUAUAUUAAGAUCGGGGAAAAAAAUUUGGGCAGUGUUGCCAUCGUCGUGGAAUGUAAUUAGUAUAGUUCAUAUUAAAUGUUAAAUUAUGUCGUGUUAUUUUUUAUAUUCACGUUGAAUUAUGGAAUCGUUCCUAUCAAAUGAAUAAUAUCAAAAACGUUUAAUACGAAGUCAGCGAGACGUGUGAAUACGUUAAUUUAAUUAACAAUUAAUGGUGUUGCAAUAUUCAAAGAGAAUUUUUUAUCCUAAUAUAUUUUUUCAACCCUUAAGUACACUCGUUUAACGUACCUUAACACUGCGUGAACUUCGACAUGUUCUGUGCAUCUUAGUAGAAUUUCUACAUAAGAAUUAAGUUAAGUACUAAGGUGUGUAUCGUUAAGAACUGUCCGCCUUGUUAUUCUGAAAGGUUGACCAGUACUUGUAAUUCUGGUAUGGAAAUCUUGAACUUUGAAAACCUAAAAGCUGUCGAAAGUUGGAAUAACUAGAGAAAAUGAGAUUGUUACAAGUGCUCUUUACAUAGGCAAGGAUAGUUCAACGCCAGUUAAAUAACGAUAAAGACGUUUUUAUAUAGGGGUACUGAAGUCCACACAAUAAAAACCUAAUAAUGCGCCAACGUCAACCUUUCAGAUGUCAUUUGUCAAAAAUGUUGAAGCCACUUUAUAGAUUUGUUUAUUCUAGAAUAUUAGGUUUUUUUUUUUAAAUAUUUAAACACAAGACUCGGUGCGAACCAGUUGUUGUACCUGUCAUCCUAUUUGACAGAUGAAAGGGUUGUAUUAUGACCAAGGUUAUAUUCAGAAACGAGCGGGAACUGUCACUCCUCAAGUAGCUUUCGGGUAAUUUUAUAAAAAAUCACUUAAUUGUAUAUUUUUAGUAAACAUUUGGCCAUACUUGCUGUAAAUAAAUAAAUGUCAAAGUUCAAUAUAUUUUUAACGUUCGAGAGUGACAGUUCGAAUUAGGCCUCGCUGCUUAGACCUUGAGAGAUCAUUGUAACGGCCUUGAAUAGCGUGGACUGAAGAUGAUACAAUGUUUUUUAUCGAAUAUUUUUUUGGUAUUUAUAAUUUUAUAAGCACAUUGUAAGAUUAAAAAAACAUCUUGAGUCUACGUUUUAAAAGACGUACCAAUCUUACAUGCAAAUCAAAUCGAAUAACACGAAGCAAAAAUUCGACAUAUUUGUAUGGUAAAAUGUGCUACGAUCCGUGAAGACGAUGUUUCGUUUCGAAUGCCUUUGAUUGGUCUAACGUGUCAUGACGUGAUCGUUGGCCAAUCACGAUGAAGCGAAACGCGAUUUGCUUUGAAAGAUUGGUUAUUUAUUUUGUUGGAUUUGACUUUAAAAGUUUGCACAAUUAUGUAUUUUUUAUUAUUUGGAAAAACAUAUUUA